GCGUCUAGCCGAUUCUCACACGGCGGCGGCGGCCGCCGGGGUCCCCUCAAGGGCGAGGAGGAGGCAGCCUAGCAGCGAGCGACGCCGCCGGUGCACGCAUCGUUGACCUCAAGUAUAAAUGCGUAGUGCGGUGGAAUGGAAAUCGGCUCUGGCCUCCCUUCUUGCUCCCCCCCCCCCCCCUCUUUUUCUGGAGACUCAGAAGCAAAAAGAACAAGAAGCGCUGCAAAGAGGCUUCGGAGGGCCGAAGGCAGCGACGGGGGUGAUAUCUGGAGGAAGAAGAAGUGAACCGGGCAGCGCAGGCGAGGAGGGGUGUGCGCGUCGGCGCGCGUUGUGCGCGCGCCAGCUCACGUCGCGCUCUUCUUUUUCGGCGGCGCCCCUUCUCCGGCUCCUCCUCGGCUCCGAAAGGCGGAACUCCUGGCAGCCAGCGCUGCCGAGCGUGGCGGCUCGCGGCUGUGUCGGGUCGCGCCGGGCCGGCCUGCGUGCGUGCGUGGCCGGCUGGCGCGACGCGCGCGAGACUCCGUUCCCACGCUCGAUGCCAGGCCGCCGCUGCCUAGUCACCCCCCCCCUCUCCCUCCUCCCUUCAAUCCCCCCCCGUGCCUCCUCCUCGUCGUCGGCGGCGGCCGCUGCCUGAACGCUGUUGCUGAGAAAAGGGGGUACGAGUAAUCGGAGUUGGGUCCUCCGGGAGGGACAGGACACACGGCACGCUCUCUUCUCCGAGUUCCGCGGCGGCAGUGGAGAGAGGACCGCCUACCUGCCAGCCUGCGAGCCGCGACAUCGCGCGCGGUGCAUUCCGUUACCGUCGCCGCUGGCUCGGUGCUCGCGGCUUGCGCCCCCUCCACACACACCCCCUGCCACCCCUCCUGCUGCGCAGCAAUAACACUCUCGCCGCCACCGGUGCAGCAGCGGCCGCCGCCGCUGCUGGAGUGAGUUUGUCGUCGCCGCCGUCCGCUGCUGCUCGGUCGCGCAGCAGUGUUGUGGUGCGCUCGCUCCCGAGCUGGAUCUGACGAGCGGUGUCAGAAUGGUGGCUUCGCCGCCGCCCCUACUGCCGGCUGUGUCGCAGCAGCAGCAGCAGCAGCAGCAAUCGCCGCAGCAGCGGUACGGACUCUCGCCAGCACCGCCGUCGCCCCUGCUUCCGCCGCCACCUCCGGUGUCGAGCAUGGCCAACGCCAGCGUCGCCAACGGGCCGUCGUCGACCGAGCGUCCCACACCGUCCAGGGCCAGCGAGAUACGGCGGGCCACCAAACCCAUAAUGGAAAAACGGCGGCGCGCCAGGAUCAACCAGUGCCUCACCGAGCUCAAGGCGCUCAUCCUGGACGCACUCAACAAGGAUCCGUCACGUCACUCGAAGCUGGAGAAAGCGGAUAUCCUGGAGAUGACCGUGCGCCACUUGCAGAACGUCCAGCGUCACCAAGUUGCAGCCGCCCUGUCCACGGACCCGGUGGUGAUGGGCAAGUUCCGCGCUGGCUUCGCCGAGUGCGCCACCGAGGUCAGCCGCUACGUGUCGCGACUCGAAGGGGUCGAACCGUCCCUACGCCAGCGGCUGGUCGGCCACCUAACAUCGUGCGUGAACGGCUUCAACGGCACCUCGGCGGGCGGACCCACGUCGCCCCUGGGAGGCGUCGCGCCGGGCCUGCUGAUUUCGCCGCUCAGCGUCCAGAUCCCCACCCUCGGUGACCUGCACGGCGUCGCGCACUCCGGGCCCCUCGGCGCGGCUGCGGUCGGAGGCGGCGGAGCUCCGGGACGCCUUCAGCUCGGAGGUCUUCCCCUCAUCCCCAGCAGGCUGCCCAACGGUGACCUGGCGUUCGUUUUACCGACUGUCGCGGCGACAGCUUCCGGCGGAGGCGCCGCCGCAUCGUCAAACAGCGCCGCCGUAGCCGCCGCCGCUGCUGCUGCUGCGGCGGCGGCUGCUGGGCCGCCAUCGUCCUGGGGACCUCCGACGCCGACAAACACGUCGACGCCGACGUCGCCGCACCCUCCUCGGUCGCCGAGUCCUGCGAGCAGCUUCGGCGGCAGCCCCCUGUGCAGUCCCAUGGGCAGCGACAUGGGCAGCGAGGACGCAUCGUCGUGCGACGCCCAAUCGAUGCUCCAGAGGUCGCCCUCCUGCUUCUCGCCGCCGCCUUCGGCGGCCCUCGACGACCUGGCCACGAUGCAUCGGCCACCCUUCUUCCGCGACGUCAUCCUGCGCGGGCUCGAGGCCUCGGCUGCGGCGACGCAGUUCCGGGAAGAGAUGCAGCAGCGGGAGCACUCUCAGAACGAGGAUGACGAAGACGACGAACACGGCAGGGUCGGGGACGACAGCGUCUGGAGGCCCUGGUAGUCAGCUUUGUGAAGUGCCUUUUCUGUACAGAACUAUACUGCUGUUUAUGUUGGAGAAACUUGGCGUUCGUUGAAAAGUUUGUUGACUACGGAAUCGACACCCUAGAUGGGGGCGGGGAAGGAGGCGAGAAUAUGGGCAGCGGGAAGAGCAACGAUUCUUGAAAGCAAGCAACAGAAGAUGCUGUGCCACGGAUCAUGUUACACACGAGACUGAUAAGCAAGGUGAAAGCGAGUGACUUGCGUUUUAUGUGGCUACUGUAGUGCGCCUGGCAGUAUACAGUCUUUGUCAAAAAUUUCGAAACCGCUCUGUGAGUGAUAUUUGUCUCCGGACUUAUCCGAAAGGUUCGUAUGACAAGCCUAUAGCUCUCCGAAACCGAAGAGAGUUAGGAACGAUGCCCUUUUUGAUCUAUGGAGUCCUUGGAGCAACGAAACUUUUCAACCGCCCUAAUAUAUGUUCGACGCGAUGUCUGUUGAUGCUCGGAGCGCUCCGAAACUUUAGGACAGCCUGUAUGUAUAGCGUUGAUCAUUUGCAGUCUUAUGAAGUGCAGGAAUAGUGCACCAAAUGUCGAAGGCUUGAAGUGAAGCUCGUUCACUAGUCCCAGGCUGGUCGUCGUUGUUUGCAACGCUUAUACGUUUGUUCUACCCUUUUACUGGGUUGUGUGGCGUGAAUCUGAGGAUGUAGAGUGACAGAACAACGUUGAAGGCGAAGCGUUUCUUCUUAGCAAACUUUGACACUCUUGAUAACGCUUACGUACGCUUCUAAACGGCAGCACGUUUCGAGAUUAGCUGGAACUUGAAGGACAUCUUGCCAUCGUUUUAUCAGGUCUCUGUAGGACUGCUUUAUAGGGAAGAUGUGCCUUCGUGGAACCUCACGGCGACAGUACCUACGAAUUGUCACGCGCAACCGACGUGUAUAAUGACCAUCGCUUUAGGGGUAUUUUACCUACGAGAACAAAUUCGUGUAGAAUGGAACUUGAUGCCUGCCAUAAGAACCCCAAGCAAGAAAUACCAUAUUUAAAUCAAAACGUCUAGUGAGCCUAAACAAUGCAACACAUAGGGUCAAGUGCGUGGCUAAAUUAAGUGAACUGGCAUGGUAGAAAAGGUUUAGCGUUAACAACGUGGACACCGCUUGGUUGCCUUACGAAGGAUGUUUGGUUACUGUGAUGGUGCUCGUAUUGCUCAUCGCAUCGAUUCGCUUCUAACGCGCCGUUUAUAUCGUAUAUAUUUAUUGACCGGAUGCAAAAUGAUUGUUGCAGAAAAUAAAUAUUUCUGAGGAGCAAGACUGAAUCUGAAAGCUGGGCGGAAGCAUUUUGUAUAAUGUGUGGUAUACCUCGCUCGCUUCACCUUAUUAAUUGGCCUUGCGGUUUCCUUGUCAUGACUGUGGCCUUUUGUUGUUGCUCUCCAGCUACACGUGUUGUAAAGCACUUCUUGUUUCUUGUUGCACGACUCGGAUCUCACCACAUCGACUUUACACCAUACACGACGCUAUUUUCGUACGAAGCUAUGUUAUAGGAGAGUGUGAUACAUGUUUCUGUUUGUACAUAGAUGCUGCGGCAACCACCACAGUGUGCCUUACUGCUGUACAUACGUCCAUUUAAUUACGCGAGCUACAUUCCUCGCAUCUUUUUGUCUGUGUUUGUAUAUUUUUUUUCAUCGAAUCUAAUUGCAUGGCUUUGUUGACGUCAUGUCUUCCGGUGUUACAAGGGACAUGCAUUUCGAACAAACGUUGCCUUUUAUGCUGUGCGAGAUAUCCCGGUUUCGCCAGCUGUUACGUUAAACGGACGAAGAAUCUUGACGUACAGUCCUUUUCAGAAGUUCCUGGGCCAUUGCAGGCGUUUCCAGAGCACCUGCCUGAAAGUUUGUCGGCGUACACUCCUCACAGCCUUUAGCUAAGGAGGAAGCACAAAAUUCUCAAACCAUGGCCUCCGAAAUCGGUCGGCGUGCGGCCGAUAUCGGAGGCCGUGCUUAUUCCACUAACGCUUAGCAGUAUCAAGAUAAUCAGGUUUGGCGGUUCUUGCGAACCAAGUGGCCUUCUUUAUGCCAACAAAUCUUACGGCCACUUUGGAGCUUGUGCUUGGCACUCUGGCUUUAGAGAGCUGAUGACGUAAUUAUGUUUUCGAGCGACAAUGUACCGCCUUGUGCGAGCCCUGGUCUUGCACCCAGUGAUCCGAGAACUAUCGAAAACGCCGGUACGCGCACGAUUGCUUCUUGUCCGAGAAUACGCUGAGCAGUUCUCUCCAUGCAGCGAAACGCAGCGUUUGAGUUUUUUGUAUGACUCAUAUAAGGGGGCGUGUACAUUGUGGCCCCCUGGUGUGCAUACGAUGUAACUAAUUACGUUGUCUAUUUGUAUCUUCAUUGAUCUUUUUUGACUUUGACCGACGGAAUGUAAAGGGACCCUAGGGAGGAAACUUUAGUUGCAUUCGUAAAUUGCAUUUCCAGAAUGACCAAUACACUCAUUCUUGUGCCGUGCGCGGAGGGAUCGCUAAGCCAGAAAAUACGGGAGUAUGAAACAAAGUGGCGACGCCUUAUUGAAGUUCCUCCGCCAGUUUCCUGUGACAUGUAUUUUGACCUCGUCUCCGUCGUCCUGGUUAAUUGUCUAUCGAUAAAAAUACUGCAUUGAAUUUUAAAUGAACCGAGGAUUCAAGCUAAAAAGCUUGUACAACUUCCUGUCUGGGCCAAAACGGCCCAAAUACAAGAAGAUAUUUGGAAAACAGUGAUGUCACACGAACAUAUUGGCGCUGCAGCGUGGGCGCUUCAUUCAAGAAAGGGAAGGUUUGCCUCUAUUGUGUCGUAUAAUCAAAAUCUUUGCGCCGAAGAAAUUAAAAUACAGUUUCGAAACAGUACAAACUGAACUAGCUUAGUGGCUCUCUCUACUGUCCCGUUGGCAGCUGCAGUUCAAAACAAGAUCCACCGUAACUAAAUUACGAUUGUGGCCUCGCUUCAAUGUGACCUGAUGUGAGGCAUAACGUACGGGGGCGAACCGCAACAGCAUGAAAUGGCUUUUGUAGAACUCUAAAUUGUGUUUGUAGCGCCGGUCCAUUAUUGUUUACGAAUGCGAUGGACAUUGCACAAGUACUCUUCCCUCUACGCAUGUUAAACAUGCGAACUGUACAUACAAUUACCUCACUUUCGAAUCUGCUGGACCAAGUUCGGUAGCUUGUUACAUAUACUGCAUACAACAUAUGCUGUCUUCCACUGUGCCAGUUCGUUUUUUCUCGAUUGUUCUGUACAAAACACGUGCCUUCUUCUCGAUGCCUUGAUCUCGAAAACGUGUGUUGUUGGGAAAGAGACCUACUGCCUUUUUUGCUCAAGUGCCAAUAAAAAGAAGUAUUCUUUUUCUUA